AUGGGUUCCAAAACCUCUUUCUCAACUACCCUUUUCCUUGCAGUGAACCUUCUCUUUUUUGCCCUAGUUUCCGGGCAAUACUGCGAUAGUACUUGCACCCCUCCGGGUGUUCCGGCAGGGCAAACCCUAACUUGCCCUAGAGAUAUCUUGAAACUGGGUGUGUGUGCAAAUUUGCUUAAUGGAUUGCUUGGAGUUGUCCUUGGCACUCCACCCACUACUCCAUGUUGCAGCUUGAUUUCCGGCUUGGCCGAUCUUGAGGCUGCAGUUUGUUUGUGCACUGCUAUUAGGGUCAAUUUGUUAGGCAUUAAUCUUAAUAUCCCAGUUUCACUUAGUUUGCUUCUCAAUGCUUGUGAGAGGACUGCGCCGUCUGGCUUUGUUUGCACCUAA